ACGACAAUGGCUGAUUCGAAAGAAGAGAUUAAUUAUUGGCGGAUUAUAAGUCUGCUGUACAAAGUUGCUCCUUCUGCUGUGAGAGUUAAAUUUGACAAAGAGUUCAUCCAACAAAUGGACUUGAGACUGCUUUACGGGAGGGCAAGUGGCGAGUCUUAGAACCAUUAAAAAGAAAGAGGAUCAUCAACCAGGUCCAGUGGGAUUUAAUGUAUCCAACGUCAGGUGUAGCCUCCUCAAAGACAUUUGACCUUACCCUGAUGAUCUGCUUGCUACGAAACCUAGCAUCAAUAGAUGUAGGAGACAAGUUACCGCAUCCGUCGGUUAUCAGUGAAGCAGCAGAAUUGUCAAGGCUUAAAUACUACAGAAACAAGUUUGCACAUCAUGAUGGUUGUAUUUUAACAUUUAAAGAUUUCGAGUUAAAUUGGAACGAAAUAUGCCAGGCCAUUCAUGGACUUGGUGGACCACAAUUUACACAAAUUUGCCAAGACGUGAAGGAUAUGACACUGAACAACAAUGAUAAAGAAAUACUGAUAGAAAUAAGAAAUUUAGAGAAAUCCUCAACUUUUGUUCCAAAAGCAUUACAAAAAAUCCACGAAGAUUUAAUAAACGAGUGGGGCAAUGAAGACAAUAAGGUGGUCAAAACUAGAGCUAUUAGUCGAAUAGAAGAACUUCUCAAAUAUACAGAUGUCGUAGUGGCGGUAGGUCCCUCGGGCUGUGGUAAGUCCACCGCUAUUCACCAUGUUGCUCUUUGGCUGCAUAAUCAAGAAGGUUAUACAAUUGUUCCUGUCCACAGUCCAGAAGAAAUAAUUUCUUACUGCAAACCGACAUAUAAACAAGUUUUUGUAAUUGAUGACGUGUGUGGCAUAUCUACAAUAGACAUUGGACUGGUGAAUCGUUGGACUACAUGGGCAAUUGAUAUAGAACAAGUGAUUGCGGAUCACAAAAUAAAAAUUUUGUUAUCAUGCAGAAAGCACAUUUAUCUCGAUCGUUCAUUUGCGGGUGUAGAACUAUUGUCGAAAACAGCCUGUGAUCUUGUUUUAAGUUACAGACUAACAGAAAUUGAAAGAAAUCAAAUAGCUAGUAUCUACUUAACAGAGAGAGAGAUAAAUGCUUUAAAAAAGUCAAAUCUAGAUAAAAAAUUUAGCUUCUUUCCACUUUUAUGUUCCCUUUAUUCAAAACAGAAAGUAACAACUGUUCAGAAUUUCUUUGCCUAUCCGAUCAGCGUUUUAGGACGUGAUCUGAACUUGUUGAGGAAAGCCACAGAUCAAACAACAUUGGCUACAAUGAGUCUGUUCAUUGCCUUCAACAAUAAUUUAGAUAAAAAUAUGUUAGUAAGAUCAAACGAUAUGACAGAACUGUUGGAAGCCAUAUCCGAUCAUUUCUAUCUUCCAGCGCGUUUUUCAAUAAAAGUCGUCACUUCUGAAUUACACAAGCUCGAGAUGUCUUACGUGAAGAAAACAGUUUCCACCUACAGAAUACUUCAUGACAGGAUAUAUGAUAUUUUUCUAGCAUUUUGUGGGGAACAUUUCUUUGACCUGGUUCUUGAGGUAGCCCAUAGAGACGUAAUACGAGAUAGACUUGUACUAGAAUCAGUACUAAAGGAAGACCAAAACCUAAUAAACGAACAAAAUGUUAUAACAGUCCCUGAUAAAGUAGAAGACCAUUAUUUUGACCGAAUUGUGAAAGACAUUAAAAAAAUAUCUAUUUUGCAUGUAUUUGACAAUAGGCAGUUAAAAUGUAUUACUUUCCGCAAAAAGUUGUUCCUUUACAUUGAGCAGAGGCUCGACAUUAGAGAAAUGUUAUCGGCGUUAUCUGUUUGUGAAAUAUCUAACAUACUUCUAUCGAUGACCAGUCAAUUUUACUGGGACUUGGUUCCAAUUCUUUUAACAAAACAUGUAGAUGUAAAUGUAAGUGAUUGGCGAGGUACACCUUUGUAUUUGGCUUCUAAGCAAGGACACAUUGAAAAUGCAAAGAUACUGUUAGAUCAUCAUGCCGAUCCGAGUAUUUGUAAUGAGAAAAAUGAACCACCUUUAUUUGUUGCUUCUGAGGAGGGUCAAACCGAAAUUGUUAGAUCUUUGUUAAAACAUAAAUGUAAUCCUAAUAUCUGUAAUAAAAGCAAGAAAUCUCCCGUGUUUAUUGCUUCUAGCAGAGGUUAUUUUGAUAUUGUAAGGUUAUUAUUAGAACAUAAAUGUGAUCCUAAGCUAUGUGAUGAUCUGAAUACAUCACCUCUGUUUAUUGCUUCCGCUGGAGGGUAUACUGCCAUUGUUAAAUUAUUAUUAGAACAUAACUGUGAUCCUAAUGUCUGUAAUGAUUACCCUAUGUCACCUUUGUUUGUAGCAACUCUGAACGGAUAUAUCGAUAUUAUUAGAUUGUUGUUAGAACAUAACUGUGAUCCUAAUGUAUGUGAUCGUGAAAAUAUGUCACCUUUGUUUGUAGCAUCUGAAUAUAGACUUGCUGAUAUUGUUAGAUUAUUGUUAGAAUAUAAAUGUGAUCCUAACAUAUGUAAUCGUCAUAAUAUGUCACCUUUGUUUGUUGCUUCUACAUGCAAAAGCGGUUAUGAUAUUGUCAAAUUAUUAUUAGAAUAUAAAUGUGAUCCUAACAUCUGCAACUGUCAAAAUAUGUCCCCUUUGUUUGUUGCUUCUAGAUGUAAAGGUUGUUAUGAUAUAGUCAAAUUAUUGCUACAAUAUAAAUGUGAUCCUAACAUCUGUAACAAUCAGAAUAUCUCACCUUUGUUUGUUGCAUCUCAGAACGAACAUGUCGAUAUUAUUAGAUUAUUGUUAGAAAAUAACUCGGAUCCUAAUAAAUGUAAUAAUAAAAAUGAAUCACCUUUACUUAUUGCUUCUAGUAAAGGCAAUCAUGACAUUGCAAAAUUAUUGUUAAAGCAUAAAUGUAACUCGCAUGUAAAUUAUGAUAACCGGGAAUCACCUUUAAUGAUUGCUUCUUCGGAAGGUUAUACAAAUAUUGUUAGAUUAUUAUUAGAACAUAAGUGUGAUCCCAACUUGUGUCGUUGUCUGGGUAUGUCGCCUUUAUUUGCUGCAUCUGCGAAUGGUCAUAUAGAUAUUGUUAGAAUAUUGCUAGAUCAUAAUUGUGAUCCUAGAAAAAGCAUUCCUGAUAGAAACCACUUAGUUGGUACUAUGUCACCUUCGUAUAUUGCUUCUUUAAAAGGAUAUAUUGAUGUUGUUGGAUUAUUGAUAGAACAUAAAUGUGAUCCUAAUAUCUAUGAUUCUGAAAAGUGGAUGCCGCCUGUAUUGCAUGCAUCUGUAAGGGGUCACACCGAUAUGGUAAAAUUACUUUUAGAACAGAACUGUGAUCCUAACAUUUGUAAUGAUAAACAUGAAUCAGCUUUAUUCAUUGCUUCUUAUAGAGGUCAUACUGAUAUUGUAAGAUUAUUAUUGCAAAACAACUGUGAUCCUGAUAUCUGCAAUCAUAUAAAUAGAUCACCUUUAUUUAUUGCUUUACAGGAGGGUCAUAUUCAAAUUGUAAAAUUAUUAUUAUAA